AUGGCAGGUCUUAUCAUGCAGGCCCAAUGUUCACACGCUAUUCGAACACGCACAGAUGCUCCCGAUGCUCGGAUGCAAAAGCUGCUCAAUGCGUUUCGCAUUCAAGAUCGCUGGCCCAAUCUUCAGGCCGCCGGCAUUCGCACCGUUUUUGAUCUGGCUCAAAAGUCGGACCAGGACAUUAUGCGCAUAUGCACCCUGCCCGGUGCCACCAUGCUCAAGCUCCGUGAAGUUCUCAACAAAGUCCUGGCUGCCAGAUCGAGCGGCGCCAGCGCCGCCGCCCCUGCCUCGGCCGCCAAUCCCUUUGGUGAUGUACGUCGGCUGCCACUCUUAUCGCAAAGGGCCCAUGAAAGCACGACUCAACUCACGAAAUGCCAUUUGCCCCCAUGGCGUCCCACGCUGCAGCCGGUGCCAGCACGGCCAGCCCGAGUUUUGAACCUCGCGCCCGUACCUGAUGAACAACGAGCGGCUCCGCCCCGAGCCAAUCGACCCGCCCCGGGUGUGCCCAACCAGCAGCCCCGCGCCAAUCGCCCUGCACCAGGUGUACCUGGAGGCCAGCCCAAAGCGAAUCGUCCAGCCCCCCACGUGCCCGGCUCCAAUACGCGACCAGUCUCAAAAGCGCACGGGCCUUCUGCGGCCAAGAGCAAGAUUCCGCCUCGCCCUUCACGGGAAAACAUUUCGGACGACAUUCGGCAAUCAGCCCUGCCCAUCGUCGUGCACCAAGGUUAUGCGACCAAGCAGGGAGGCAAGGUCAAGUCCUGGCAGCGUCGCUGGUUUAUUCUGCGUGUCGAUGGUUCACUUACGUAUGCCAAAGAAGGAUCUCUCACCGAGCCCAAAGGUGUGAUUGAUAUCAAGGCCAAUACCGAACUACACACACCAGGUGCUUGUAACUGGGGCAAAGAAGAAGGUGCACCAGCAACCGCCUCUGAACAACAGCGCUUUGCGGUGGUUGCUGGCGACCGUGUAUACCGCAUGUUCUGUGACACUCCACAAGAAGCCGCUGUCUGGGCGAGCAAGCUGAAGCAGGUGAUCAACAUGCUCAAGCGCAACCCCAACACUGCCCCGUUGUCCUCGCGAGAAAUCAGCUCUGGUCCUGGAUACCAGCACAUGCUUGCCUCACUGGCCGCCGUGAACGGCCAGUAG